UUAUAGUUUGGCGCUCGGGGCCCGGGCGGUACGUGACGUCACUUCCUGUGGGCGGUGCUUGCUCGUGACUUUAUCUGCUGAGGAGACUGACUGGGCCCGGACCUACAGCUUUGCUGAGAGCGGGAGGAGGAGGCAACGACCGAGCCAGCCAGGAGCAUCAACAACAUCAGCAUCAACAACAAUAACAUCGCCACCACCGCCAUGGCCGACAGCAUGGAGACCGAGUCCAAGUACCUGCCCGAGCUCAUGGCAGAGAAGGACAGCCUGGACCCGUCCUUCACACACGCCAUGAGCCUCAUCAACAGCGAAAUUGAGAGAAUGAAAAAAGGCGGUGAACCCAAGAAGGAUGAAGAUGACACUUACAUGGAUUUGUUCUCGCACAAAAAUAUGAAACUUAAAGAACGCGUUCUGAUACCUGUCAAAUUAUACCCAAAGUUUAACUUUGUUGGAAAGAUCCUGGGUCCACAGGGUAACACCAUUAAGAGGCUUCAGGAGGAGACUGGAGCCAAAAUUUCUGUACUGGGAAAAGGGUCAAUGAGAGACAAGGCAAAGGAGGAAGAACUUCGCAAAGGAGGUGACCCUAAGUAUGCCCAUCUGAAUAUGGACCUUCAUGUGUUUAUUGAAGUCUUUGGCCCACCUUGUGAAGCAUACACCCGUAUGGCACAUGCUUUGGAAGAGGUUAAAAAAUUCCUUGUUCCGGACAUGAUGGAUGAUAUCUGUCAGGAGCAAUUUUUAGAACUCUCCUAUCUUAAUGGAGCUCCCCCAGAGCAAGCCCGUGGGGGAGGAAGAGGUGGACCGGCUAGGGGUAGAGGAGGACCGCCACCCCCACCUUCUGCUGCUCCUCCAUCAAGGGGAAGGGCUGGACCCCUACGUUCUCUUGUUCCAAGAGGUGCUCCUGGAAGAGGUGCAAUAACACGUGGUGCCAGUGCCAGUCGCAGUGUGGCUCCUGCUCCUGCAAGUAGAGGCACACCUGCUGGAAGGGCACGUGGUGGCUCCAUCCAGAGGAUCUCUUUGCCACCUCCAGCACCAGAGUCUUAUGAUGAAUAUGGUUAUGAAGAUUCAUACGCAGACCAAAACUAUGAAGGGUAUGAAGGAUAUUACAAUCAAAACCAAAGUGAUACAGAAUAUUAUGAUUAUGGCCAUGGCGAGGGGCAAGAUUCAUAUGAAGGUUACGGCCAAGAUAAUUGGAAUGGCUCACGACCCUCUUUAAAGGUGCCGUCUUCUCACCCUGCGAAAGGUGGCACUUACAGAGAUCAUCCCUACCGGCGCUUCUGAGUCUGGACACAUCCAACCCAUUAAUACUGAUAUCUUGUGUCCUGGGACUUCCUGUUCCUUAUCCCAUACACAAGUAAAUUCUGUGCUCUGAUCCCUUCCAUCUCCUCAAACCUUCCCUCCUGAAAUCCUUCUCAUAGGACUGCUUUUAAAUCUGACAUCCAAACUCUUUUCGUGGAGAUACUUAGACCAUUUUUUUAAAUUUUAUUUUUUUAUUUUAUUUUCACUGUUUAAACAAAGUUAAAACUCCAAAAUGCUUCUCAUGUAAAAAGUUGUUAAAAUGUAGUAUUCAUAGUGACUGCUCCAAACUGAAGUUUCUUACAAAAUAUUAAAUGUUAGCUGUAGUUUCACUGUUCCGAGCUAAGCUGCAUUUAAAAAAACAAA